CGAUAUUUCACAAUCUAAUAUCCCAGCCGUAGCCUCUCAUCCCUAGUGAAUGUUUCUUGCAUGUUUCAAUAAUAACAUAAAAGAAAUAUAAUGUUGCCUUUAUCUCUUUUAAAAACAGCGCAGAGUCACCCAAUGCUGGUGGAGUUAAAGAACGGAGAAACUUACAAUGGUCAUUUAGUCAGUUGUGACUCCUGGAUGAAUAUAAAUUUGCGAGAUGUAAUUUGCACUUCAAAGGACGGCGAUCGGUUUUGGAGGAUGCCAGAAUGCUACAUACGGGGCAGCACAAUAAAGUAUUUGCGUAUACCUGAUGAAGUAAUCGACAUGGUGAAAGAAGAUGCUCAAGCAAAAUCGCGAAAUCGCGCAGAACUUAAUAAGAAUCGCGGCGGCAAUUCGUCCCAGAAUCAAAAUCAACGAGGUGCCCGGAGUGGGAACCGCAAUAACUUUAGUAUUCGAAGUGGACCGAAUGGUGGCGGAUUGGGAAACGGUGGAAUGCGUGCGGGAAAUUCGGGUCAAGGAAAUCGGCCGGCACAGGGAAAUAAACUUAGGAAGUAAUGUAAACUAUUCUAUGUAACCAUGUACUAUUAAUGUAAAAUUUCGACCUCAUCCUUUAAAAUAAAUGAUUCAAGAAAACAUGUGUACA